CGGCAUGGUGCCAGGCAUAAGAUACACUCCCGGCAUAAUUAUCAGGCGCGUUCCGUUCGGGAUCGCUCCACCUGCUUGGCAAGCCGUGAGCGGGGUGACCUGGCCCUGCGUCUAGGCAUGCUCGGGCCGCGGAAUUACUCUCUGCUGGGAUAUGACCGUCUUGUCCCGCGCCCUCAACAAUGGAGGCUACAUAUGAUGGCAGUGAAGUAACUGUAGUAAUGGAGGAAAUAGAAAGUGCAUACACCUAUGCAUCUCCUGUCCCAUCUAAAAAGAAGAAGAAAUAUAGAGGUCCUGGAGAUCAAGGAGAAAAGGCUAAAAAACCCAGAUCUGCAUACCUUCUAUAUUACUAUGAUAUAUAUUUGAAGGUUCAGCAAGAGCUUCCACAUCUUCCCCAGUCUGAAAUUAAUAAGAAAAUCAGUGAGAGUUGGAGAUUGCUCAGUGUGGCUGAGAAGAGUUACUAUCUGGAGAAGGCAAAGUUGGAAAAAGAAGGUCUAGACUCGAACUCAAAGUUGUCUUCCCUGACGGCUGUCGUUCCAGACAUUCCAGGUUUUCGUAAAAUCCUCCCUCGUUCGGAUUAUAUAAUAAUUCCUAAAGGCAGUCUCCAGGAGGAGCGGAACAAGCAGCACUUGGAACUUUGUGUGACGCAGGGCCAAGCAGCAUCAGAAGGACUAACAGCCUCUCCUAAUGUCACAAAUGUUUCUCAUGGUACCGUGCAUAACAUCGUUUCGGUAGACUCCAGCCAUAUUGGCAUUUCUGAACAGUGCAUUGCUAUUGAAGGAGUUUCAGAAGACCCAGCAUCAUUUGUUCAAUCAGACGCUAUAGAAGAAGUUGUUGCAUCAGAGAUCUUGUCUCAUUAUGUACGACCUGCUGCGCAUAAAGGAGCUGGUGAGGUCCUUGUGGAUGAAGCCCCUUUGGAAGUAGGGGACAGCUAUCCCUAUCACGGAGCCAGUGUGGUCAUUGAAGAGACACUAGUUAACAGCUCGGAUGCAUCCAGAGGAGCCAUCACUGUAGCACAACCACAGGCUUCAGAUGGCCUUUCUGUGGUAACUGUGGUUACUAGAAGAGAUAGAGAAGAAAGUAAUGCUUCUGCACCUACUGCACAGUUCAUUAUGCUACCUCUGCCAGCCCAUACUAUUAUGGAAAAUCCAGCAUCAAUCAAACUGACAACUACCUACACCCGCAGAGGUCACGGAAAUUGUUCCAAUCCUGCCUGUUCCUUUACUUAUGUGACCAGACACAAGCCACCAAAAUGCCCUAUUUGUGGGAAUUUUCUCGGAGGGAAAUGGAUUCCAAAGGAAAAACAGCCAAAAGGCAAAUCUGAGCCAAUUUCAUCUGUGCCUAUAAAAACAUUGGGGCCCAAACGAAGCCAGCAGCCAGUAGCCUUGGGAAAGGCAGUGACCCAAGACAGUGCCUCUAAAUCUACACUGGAGAGCUCUGAAGCUGUAACCCAGCUUCUGAAUGCAGCCCCUGCUGGAGGGCAGGGGCAGGAGACUGAGUGGGAGGAAGUCAUCAUAUCCGAGGCUCACAUCCUUGCAAACAACUUGCAACCAGAGGAGCAAGGAAAAGCCACUGCUCUCGUUCAGCUGCAAGAGGGGGUUGCGCGGGCAGACCCUCCUGUAGAACUGAAGGAGAGGGAAGAUGGGGGAUUGGAGACACAGCCAUCAGCUGAGGUGGUGAACGCUGCCAACCUGCUUUCCAGCCCCGCCUCUGCCAUCAAGCAUCCCAUAGGAAAUGAUGCUUUUGUCACUGCACCCAAAGGGCAGGAGCAGAGAAGCAAAGCACGGCCCAAACCUUCCCUGCUGGCUGCAGCAAGACCCAUGAGGGCAAUUUUGCCUGCCCCAGCCAGCUUGGCGAGAGAAUCCAAUUUGGAGCAGCCUUCUGGCCGACAGUCGUUUACAAACAAUGAACAAAACUCCCCUGUAAGAAUCUCAGGACUGAAGCCUAGUACAUUGAAGCAGCUGGGUCGAUCUCCCUUGCAACCAGCCAGUGUGGAAGAGCACAAGCUCCCUGGCAGCACAAACAGCUCAGGAUCUCAGGUCAAAGUGGUAGAGGUCAAACCAGAAGUAUUCCCUUCCUAUAAGUACAGCUGCACUGUAACCUUGGAUUUGGGGUUAGCAACAUCACGUGGGAGAGGGAAAUGUAAGAACCCUUCUUGCAAUUAUGUAUAUACUAAUCGACACAAGCCAAGGAUCUGUCCCAGCUGUGGCUACAACCUUGCCAAAGACAGAGCUGAGAAAACGGCAAAAGCCCUGGAGGUCAACUCUAGCCCUGCACAUGUACUGAACACCAGUGAGCCUCUAAUUCAGUCCCAAAAAGAGAUCCAGCGUCAGUCUACUCUGCAGCUUCUGCGCAAAGUAAUACAGAUUCCAGAAAAUGAAUCGGAGCUGGCUGAAGUUUUUUCAUUAAUCCAUGAACUCAAUAGCUCACAGCUUAUCCUGUCCAACAUGAACGAGGAGACAGUCACCAUCGAGCAGACCUCUUGGUCCAACUAUUACGAGUUUCCAUCAUCCCAGUGCCUUCUCUGUAGCAGCCCUUUAUUCAAAGGAGGACCAAAUUCUCUUGCAGGCCCUCAGGAGUGCUGGUUGUUGACAGCUAAUCGGCUGCAGGUGGUCACAGCUCAGCUCAAGGUGUGUGUGAAUGUGCAGUGCUUGGCUCUCCACAGCUUCAAUGAUAUCUACACUGGCUUGUUCAAUGUGGGCAACAAGCUUUUGGUGAGCCUGGACCUUCUGUUCACCAUAAGAAAUCAUAUUAAACUUGGUGAGGAUCCUAAAGUGGUGGUCAGCAGCAUCUUGGAAUCUGUGCAGGAACAAACCGAGAGAAACCUGAGCACAGAAGAGUUAACUCAGCUUGAGGAGCUGCUGUGCAAUGGCUAUUGGGCCUUUGAGUGCCUCACUGUCCGAGACUACAAUGACAUGAUCUGUGGAGUCUGUGGCAUCGCACCCAAAGUUGAAAUAGCCCAGAGGAAUGCAGAAAAUGUUUUGUCAUUGAAAAAUAUUGAGUUUACCUGGCCAGAAUUCUUGGCAUCUAGUGAAGUAAAUGUGGAAGAUUUCUGGUCCACCAUGGAGACAGAAGUGAUAGAGCAGGUGGCAUUCCCCUCCAGCAUUCCCAUUACAAAGUUUGACGCCUCAAUCAUAGCCCCCUUCUUCCCACCCCUGAUGAGGGGCACUGUGGUUGUCAACACAGAGAGAGAGAAGAAUCUUGAAGCACACAGCAUCCCAGGUAAUGCAAAUGUUUUAGUGCGGCUCAUACAGGAUGAAACCUGUAAAAUGGAGCAGAUUGGCUCAUACAGUGAGGAAGAACUACGGAGCUUCUUGACUCAGUGCAGCAUUCCCUGGGAAGCCGAACAGUCAAAGGAGCAGCUCUGUCUCUCCCUCCUGGCUCUUUAUGAUUUUGUACAAAAUGGGACACGGAUCAGUCAGCCACCAGCGCACUUCACUGGAGGAAAAAUCUAUAAAGUCUGUCCACAUCAGGUCUUGUGUGGCUCAAAAUACAUUGUCAGAGGCGAAAGCCCCCGGGACCAUGUGGACCUUCUAGCUUCCUCGCGCCACUGGCCACCUGUCUAUGUGACAGAUCUGGCCAGUUCCGUGGCAUUGUGUGCGGAUAUCUGCUAUCCUGACUUGACUGCUCAGAUGUGGGGGAGGAACCAGGGUUGCUUCUCGGAUCCCAUGGAACCGUUACGGUAUGUUUCUUGCCCAGAACUUCUUGACAGACACUACAAUGUGGAUAUGAGCAGCACUGAGCAUUCUGUUCAGCACCCUGUCACCAAGUCAGCAUCUCGCCGAAUAGUUCACACUGGGGCAGAGCAGACCACUCAGAAUGACCCAACAGCCCGGCACCGUUCCCUCUCCCUUUGCCGGGAGCUAGAACCAUAUGGUGCCAUCAUUACAGCCAUCAAUGACAGCAAGACCAAUAAUGUCCGCCAGAGACCUAUAACCUUUGACAGUGCAACCCACUACUAUCUCUACAAUCGCUUGAUGGAUUUCCUCUCCAGCCGUGAGAUUGUGAACAGGCAGAUCCAUGAGAUUGUUCAGAGCUGCCAGCCUGGGGAGGUGGUGAUCCGGGAUACUCUGUACCGUCUUGGUGUGGCCCAGAUCAAGACAGAAGUGGAUGAAGAGGAAGAGGUUCAAGGGGAGAAUGGUGUUGCAUAACUGGCUCUGAGGUUGCCUUAUUUAUUCAUAGAGAGAAGCAAGGAUGCAGAUGCUCCCUGCCAUUUGUCACAUAGACAAGCUCCAGUCCUGAAUAGCUUUGACAGCUUACGUUGACCAAAGAGUCAUGUGCUUCCGUUGAAGUCUGGAUUGGGUCUUUGAUCCACAGGCAGCUUGCUAUAAAAGGGCAGGUUUCUUCUCCAGAGGACUGCUUGAAUGCCUAAGUCAGCCAGGAUAAUGUUCUCUAAGGGGGAAAGAAACCACUUCUACUGGUCUCAAAUUGCUGGCAGCAGAAAGCAAAUGGAUUUAUAGAAGAUUGUCUAAUCUUGUUAUUUGUUUUUUGAGGGGUGUGUGGCUGGGUAUUGGGACCAUGAGUGGAAAGAGUGUAAAACCUGUUUGGAUCUCUCAAUGUUAUUCUGAAGGGGUGGCCAUCAUUAAGCAAGGAAUAUUUGAAACCCAGCUGUUGCUGGGUUCUGUUCUGAGAAGACUUGAACUUGCCUGCUGCCCUUUGCCUCCCAUCAGGAUCGAAGGGGUAAGAGUCUAUCUGCUCCGCAAGUCCUUCUGCCUCAGCCUGAGGUGAGACUACACACUUGUUUAUGGUUGAAAUCCAGCGUGGUUUUGAAUGGCUAUGUGGAUUUAAAGAUUGGACUGUGGUAGGUUACCCUGGCUAACAUACCCAUUACAAAGGUUCUUCAGGGAUUUGUAUAUUUUUCAGUAAAGCAACUGGACUAUUGGUCGAGAGAGGAUUUUCAGGCACUUUAUAUUAUAUCCAUGGAAUUAACAGAUUGUGUGUGACUUUAUUUAGAGAUACUGAUAAAAGUAUUCGUGCAAAAGUAGUUGGAUUCAGUGAACGCUAUCAAGGGACAUUUUUUCUGAUUAUCUACCCAAUUGAAGCUUGUUAAGGGAGGCUACAUAACACUUACCUCUCUGAGCCCUUUGCAAACCACUAUAUAGUAGCCAGUUCCAGCAUUGCAAAAUUGACAUGGCUGAGCUUCAUGUUGGCAUAUUUCCUCAGCCCUUUGUCCUAAGACCAGCACUGUUCCUCCUGUGUGAUACAUUCAACAAUGGUGUGUAAAAUGCUUGUGUUGUCCACUGAUUCCUGUUCACUCUUGCCCAUGCGUAAGACUGGGAAGUGAAGAUGAAUUUCUGCUACUUUUCCUGGAAUGUGGGAAAGGAAUUAGCUUCCACUGGUUUAUUCAGAUUUGUGGUGCGGACUUAAAAACUCCCUUCUGUGAAGGAUUCUAGUGUGUACUGUGCUGUAAAAACAAAAAAGAAUGCUAUUGAAUUUCUGAGCAAAGCUUAUGAUUUGCUGUUAAAAAUGCUAAUUUAUGAAAGACACUUUUUCAGUCAGCGAUAAACUUUAAUAAAUUAUCUCUUCCAGUGUUGGAGGAUGAAACUGUU